AUGGCAGAAAGCCAUGACAAUGGGCGAUCCGUAUGCCUAUUGCACGACGCGCCAAAUCAAUGUGGAGACUUUUGUCUUGGGGCACUGAAGCCAAUGCUCGAUCACAUUGCUUUUCACCAGAAGGAGUGGAGCACUUGCAAUCCCCAAAAACAUAAUGAAACACAGGAAAGACUUGUCAGAAUCGAAGCCAAACUUGACAAGUUACUGGACCAGAAGGAAGCUUCAUCGACGAAUGCAAAUAUUCUUGAGUUACAGACAAAACUGGAUCGGAUUGAAAACCUACUCGCAGGCCUGCAUAAAAAUGUAUCUAAAAGUGUCUCCAACGCUGUUAUAUCUCCUUUGUUCAUGCGGAUCGGGUCUAGAUUAAUUUACGUCGAAAACGGAAUUAAAAAGUCCUGGGACGGUGCUGAAGAGACCUGCCGCGAGAUGGGAGGACAUCUGGCAACUAUUCAGAACGAAUCUGACUUAAUCGCCAUCAGAGAAGAACUAAAGAUCAAUGGCGUCUACUGGCUGGGCAUCACAGACGUGGCCAAGGAGGGAGAGUUUGUGUCCGUGGCCACUGGCCAACCAGCACCCUUCUUGAAGUGGGAAUCAGAUCAGCCAAACAAUUUAUUAGGCAAAGAUAAUUGUGUGGAUAUUUACCGCGGCGAAAUGUACGAUAGCGAAUGUAGCAAAAGUCAACAUUUUAUCUGUGAGGCUGUUGGAUAA